AUGUUUUUCAUUAAGGACCUUUCGCUGAAUAUCACUUUACAUCCAUCAUUCUUUGGACCUCGUAUGAAACAGUACUUAAAGACUAAGUUACUGCAAGAGGUAGAAGGUUCAUGUACUGGUAAAUUUGGUUAUAUAUUAUGUGUUUUGGAUUAUGAUAAAAUUGAAAUUGAGCGUGGUAGAAUUUUACCAACAGAUGGUUCUGCAGAAUUCACAGUAAAAUACAGAGCAAUUGUGUUUAAGCCAUUCAAAGGUGAAGUAGUAGAUGGUACUGUGGUAUCAUGUUCCCAACAUGGUUUUGAAGUUCAAGUAGGACCUAUGAAAGUUUUUGUUACUAAGCAUUUGAUGCCACAAGACCUUAUAUUCAAUGCAGGUUCGAAUCCUCCAUCAUAUCAAAGUUCAGAAGAUGUUAUAACUAUCAAAAGUAGAAUCCGUGUUAAGAUAGAAGGUUGUAUUAGUCAAGUUAGUUCUAUCCAUGCGAUUGGUAGUAUUAAGGAAGAUUACUUGGGUGCUAUCUAA